AUGAACGGAGAGUCGUUCGAACACCGCGAUCGGCGGAUCCGAGAGCUAUGGAACAACCUAGAUACCCGCAACGAGGGGCAACUCGACCUGCUCGCCCUUAAGAAAGGCCUUCGCAAGAUCGAUCACCCACUCAAGAACGCCGACGAUCUCCUCCACGAUGUCCUCGAGGCGGUCGAUACCUCAGGUGAUGGUCGGAUCCAGUUCAACGAGUUCAGGGUGUUUGUGGAACAUGCAGAAAAUGAACUAUGGCAGCUGUUCGAGUCAAUAGAUCGAGACCACAGCGGUGCCCUCGACAAGGCCGAGCUCCGCGCCGCUUUCAGCAGGGCCGGUCUGACAAUAAGCAAUGCAAAGUUGGAUCAGUUCUUCGAUGAAGUGGACACGAACCAUGAUGGACAGAUAUCCUUCGAGGAGUGGAGGAACUUCCUCCUUUUCUUGCCUGCGGGCGCAGCCAACAUCGGCGCUUUGAUCACAUAUUACUCGGCGACGGCAAAUGUAAAUCAAGAAGGGGAUGUUCACAUCAACGACACCCUUCAAGGCUUCGACUAUAUUAUUCCGCUAGGCUAUUUCAUAGCAGGCGGCCUAGCAGGAAUGAUCUCGCGCACGGCGACGGCGCCACUCGAUCGACUGAAAGUCUAUCUCAUCGCACAGACCAAUCCCAAGCAGGCAGCCGUCGCUGCAGCGAAAGAAGGGGCACCACUUCAAGCCGUGAAGAACUUCGGCCGGCCACUGAUUGACGCAUGCAAAGAUUUAUGGGCAGCUGGCGGGAUGCGAAGCUUGUUUGCUGGGAACGGUCUCAACGUUGUCAAGGUCAUGCCCGAGUCGGCGAUCAAGUUUGGUGCCUACGAAGCGGCAAAGAAGGCCUUUGCCGAGUUUGAGGGAACAGACGCAAAACAUCUCCAUCCGACGUCACAAUUCCUCGCAGGCGGUAUCGGUGGUGCAGUGGCACAAUGUGUGGUCUACCCGUUGGACACGCUGAAAUUUCGCAUGCAAUGUGAGACAGUCGGAGGCGGCCUGCAUGGCAACGCUUUGAUCGUGCAAACAGCACGCAAGAUGUGGUCACAGGGGCGACUAGGACCGUACUAUCGAGGCUUGGGCAUGGGCCUAGCUGGAAUGUUUCCCUACAGCGCCAUCGACCUGUUCAUAUUCGAGUAUUGUAAGCAUUAUGUGCUUGCACGAAAGGCGAAGAAGAACCGGUGUCAUGAGGAAGAUGUGGACAUGAGCAAUUUCGCCACCGGAGUCAUUGGCGCAACCUCGGGCGCAAUCAGUGCGACGGCCGUCUAUCCCAUCAACCUGCUUCGAACAAGGUUGCAGGCUCAGGGCACAGUACUGCAUCCGCCGACUUACAAAGGCAUUGUUGAUGUUACGAUCAAGACCAUACAAGGCGAAGGAGUCAAAGGCUUGUUCAAGGGCGUCACACCAAAUCUUUUAAAGGUGGCUCCCGCAGUGAGCAUCAGUUACAUUGUCUACGAGAACAGCAAGCAUUUGAUGGGUCUUAACUGA